AUGAACGGAGGUGUUGCGCGCCUCACGCACGAGGACGACAGUGAUGACGAAGUUCUGGCCACCACGCUUGUCGAGGCGAUGCAGGAGGACGAUGGAGACUUCGAUGACGCUGGAAGCGCCUCGGGCGGAAUACAAGUUACAGGCGAUGACCUGCAGGCGCGGUUAACAGCUGCUGCCACGCCGCUCGAGUUCCAGGCUGGAUUGCCCGCUCGCUUCCUGAGCUACGACAACUACUGCAGUCUCUUCCAUUUCAUCCUGAACUCGGAUGGGCCUGUGGAUCUGGAGCUUCCUACCUACUACUGGGCAUGGGAUGUCAUCGAUGAGUUCAUCUACCAGUUCAACAGCUUCUGCACCUACCGUCAGCGCGUAGCGAAGAAGGCCCAGAACGAGGAGGAGAUCCAGGCGCUUAGGGAUAACCCCCAGACUUGGGGUUGCUACAGCGUCCUGAACGUUCUGUACUCGCUCAUCCAGCGCUCGCAGAUGAACGAGCAGCUUGCUGCCAUCAAGCGGAGUGAGGACCCCAACUCUGUUGCGGGAGAAUAUGGUUCCCGGCCGUUGUACCGGAUGCUGGGUUACUUCAGUAUCAUCGGACUCCUCCGAGUACACUGCCUGUUGGGAGACUUCACACUGGCAUUGAAGACACUCGAUGACAUUGAGCUCAACAAGAAGGCCGUAUUUGCUAAGGUCAUGGCCGCCCACUUCACCACAUACUACUAUGUCGGUUUCUCCUACAUGAUGCUCCGCCGUUACGCGGAUGCCAUCCGGACCUUCUCCCACAUCCUGGUCUACGUCUCAAGGACAAAGAACUUCCAGAAGAACUCCCAGUUCGACUCGAUCACCAAGAAGAACGACCAGAUGUAUGCGCUCAUGGCGAUCUGUGUAGCCCUCUGCCCCGUCCGCCUCGACGACACUAUCCACGCCACUCUCCGUGAGAAGUACGGUGACCAGUUCACCCGGAUGCAGCGUGGCGGAGCCGAGUCCCUCCCGAUCUUCGAAGAGCUCUUCCUCUCUGCGUGCCCCAAAUUCAUCUCCCCGAUUCCCCCGGAUUUCGACAACCCCGAGAACAACGUGGACCCGUCGCAGCACCACCUGAAGGUGUUCAUGAACGACGUCAAGAACACCAUCUCCACGCCCGUCCUCAAGAGCUACCUCAAGCUGUACACCACCAUGGACAUCAACAAGCUCGCCAAGUUCGUCGAGACUGAUGCCGAGACGCUGAGGAAGCAGCUUGUUGUCUACAAGCAGAAGAACCGACAGCUCCGAUGGACCGAGGGCAGCCUGCUCGAGGGUGAAAUGACGCAUACCAGUGACCUCGACUUCGCCCUCCAGGGCGAUAUCGUGCACGUCUCUGAGGCAAAGGUCGGAAGAAGACUCGUGGACUGGUACCUCAGGAAUCUGCAGAGGGCGUAUUAG